AUCGGAUAUUACAUUCUUUGGAAUUUAUUGAUUUUCUGCUGAAAUUUCUUUAAAUACGAGAUGAAAGUUGAGAAGUACGAUGGGGGCAAUACAAUAACCUUCAGAGGCCAUAUUCUUUCGGCUGAACUCUAACUCCUCCGCACGUGCUAGCGCGAUUACGGUGAUGCUUUCACGUACGGAGACACGAUUAGAGAACCUGAAGUCGUUAAAGACAAUCGGAAACAGUGUAGACCCGCAGUGCGGGUCGCGAUGAGACGUUCGUAUCGUUCUUAUCAGUUGAAUCCGUGCUCGACGUUGCAACGCUUUGUUCCUGGACCAACAGUAUGACAGAACCUGGUAAAUUACAAUGGGAGGAUUACAUAGUUAUAGCAGUUACACUACUUAUAAGUGUAGGUAUUGGUAUCUACUACAGAUUCAGUGGUGGGCGUCAAAAGACUAUGGAGGAAUACUUCAUAGCUAGCAGAUCAAUGAGCAUUGUUCCUGUAGGAGUAGCACUUGUAGUGUCCUUUAUGUCUGCUAUAACAUUAUUAGGUGUUUCUGCAGAAAAUUAUACAUAUGGGACACAGUUCGUAGUAAUUAACAUAUCAUACCUGAUAGGAACACCCAUUGUUUGCUAUGGGUACUUACCAGUAUUUUUCAAGCUCCAAGCAACAAGUGCUUAUGAGUAUCUAGAGAAACGAUUUGGUGUUAAAGCUAGGAUGAUGGCUAGUUUUGUAUACUGGAUUCAGUUGCUCCUGUAUUCAGGUGUUGUGCUUUAUGCACCUGCUUUGGCAUUGGAAGCCACAACAGGAAUUUCUAAAGCAGGCAGUAUUAUUAUUAUUGGACUAGUCUGUGCCUUUUACUCGAGCAUAGGCGGCAUUAAAGCCGUCCUAAUAACGGACGUGUUUCAAGGAAUCCUUAUGUUUGUUGCUGUUUUUGUUAUUAUUGGUACGGCUGCCAAUGAAGUUGGAGGAUUAGGUGAAAUUUGGCGUAUCGCAGAGGCUGGUGGUAGAAUUGAAUUCGACAGUAUUUCUGUAGACCCAACAGUGAGACAUACAUGGUGGAGUCUUAUUAUUGGAGGUCUGUGUACAUUUUUAUCAUUGUAUGGUGUGAACCAAGUUCAAGUACAACGAAUGUUGACUGUGAAAGAUAUGAAAGCAGCCCAAAAGGCACUGUGGAUAGCAUGGCCAAUUUUAACCGUACUUUCAAUGACUACUUGUUUCUCCGGGUUAGCAAUUUAUAGCAAAUAUUCCAAAUGUGAUCCUUUGAAACAGAAAAAGAUCACAUCGUCCGAUAUGUUGAUGCCAUAUUACGUUAUGGACACCAUGUCUGAUAAACCUGGUCUACCAGGUCUCUUUAUAGCAGGUAUAUUUAGUGCUGGCCUUAGCACAAUUUCAGCAGCUUUGAAUUCCUUAGCUGCAGUAACAUUAGAAGAUUACUUGAAACCCGCCUAUAAGAAGUGUCGUGAUAGCGAGUUAUCUCUUACAACAACAACAACUCUAGCUAAAUUGCUUGCUUUCGUAUUCGGUAUUGUUUCCAUCGCUUUGGCAUUUUUAGCUCAAUUGUUGGGUGGUGUAUUACAGGUCAGCCUAACCAUAUUUGGUGUAGUGGGAGGUCCUCUUUUGGGACUCUUCACGCUUGGUAUGCUCACUGAAACAGCAACAGAAAUCCCAUCUGUAUCCGCUGCCAGUGCAUCUUUGGCCUUUCUAUUCUGGAUUGCUUUUGGACAACCCAGACCAAGUCCACCAAUGUUGCCAGUGUCCAUCGAAAGCUGUCUUGCGAAUACAACCAUGUCUACCUUGAAUCAGGCGACGGAGUUCGCAGGGGUAACAGGCGAUUCAUCUUACGUCUAUAUGUACCGUAUUUCGUACAUGUGGUACGGUCCACUUGGUUUUGUAUUUACGUUCGUCGUAGGACUGUCGCUUAGUUACUGUUUAAAGCUAUUAUAUAAAGAGAAAAAGGCUGAGUUGGAUCCGAAUUUGUAUUUUCCUAUGAUAGGAAAUCGUAUACGACGUAGGCAACGAGUUUUAGAAAAAAAUGAGCCCGACACCACAACGGAUAUCGCCACGCAGAGAAAAUAUUUGUUCACUGUUAACAGCUACAAUGAGACGGAGAAUAGGGAUGAGUUUAGUGUCACCAAAAUGUAG